AUGGGUUCUAUUGAUUCCGAAAGUAACGACCAAACUGCAGUCCUGACUGGAUUUUUGUUCGGAAAUAUCGAUGAAUCAGGAAAUCUAGAGGAGGAUUUUUUAGAUGAGGAAAGUCGAAGACGGAUUGGUUUCCUGGCUGGCUUCGGCAUCGAAAGUUUUGUAAAAGAGAUAGCUGAAGGGAAUGAAGAUGGCAAGGGUCCAGAAGAAGCCUGUGAAGCCAGUAGCACAAAUCUGGACGAUAAUUUUGAUAGCAAGAGUAAGGAGAUUUUUGACUCUGAAGUUGUAUCUACAUGCCCUGAUGGUCAGAUAAAAUCAGAAUUUUCAAAAUCUGACAAUGCCGUCGACUACUUUGACAUCAAUGAAGUUGCUGAUGACGACAAUUUUGAAGUCGAAGAGUUGAAAAAGGAAGUGAAGGAGGAGGAACCAGUCGUCGUGGUCAAACAGGAGCCCAAACCACCGGCGCAGACCCUGAACACUCCACUGGCCUCCCUCCUACCUCCACAAUUAGCUGGUGAGGAUGUUCGAAAAUGGUUUCCUGAAUUUAGGACUAAUGAGGUUCUUAGAUUUUCGAGGCUCUUCAAACCGGCACAUUUGCCAAAUAUCUGGAAGAAGAAGAAGAAACCGAGUAAAGAUCAGCAGCCAAACAGUUUUGAGAAUAGUAGAUUGAAAAUUAAGGAAACAGCACCAAGAUUUGAGCAUCAGCAUCCCCUGCAAGUCAGCACCAACUCCAACAACAUACAAAAAUUACCUUCUGAAAAUAAAAGGCAGAAAAAAAAGAAGAAGAAAAAACGCUCUACUGUAGCAGCAGAAGCUGUUGGAGGUAUGAUCACAGAUGAAAAUGCAGUGAAAAAAAAACACAAAAAGAAGAAAAAGAAAAAAAAUAACAAAGAGGAUAAUGAUUGCCAUGAUCUAGAUAAUGAUGGAUUCUAUCAUGACGAAUUCAUCAUGCGAGAAAAAAAGCCUGAAAUUAUAUACGGAAGAUUGCCCACACCCAACGAACUUGCUCUGGAUGACAUGGAGUACCUCAUGCGCCCAGAACAGCCGUCGAACCAGUUUGGUGAUGGCGGGGAGGGCAGGGACAACCCGAACAAACCUGAGGUGGCCGAUUGGAGGUACGGCCCUUCGAGGCUCUGGUACGACAUGCUCGGUGUCCCUGACAACGGGGCAGGGUUCCAUUAUGGCUUCCAACUUAAACAGCAAACAUCAGCUGAAUGUACAACCUCUGCUGUGAAUGCUUUGCUGAAAAGUGAAGAAGAUGACAGGGAAGCUAAAGCAACAGCUGCAGCAGCAAGAGUUGACGACGACGUCGUUGCUGUGGCCGAUGGUGAAGCUGUUGACGGCAGAGACAAGAAAGCGCAGGUGAACAUUCCAGAAGAGGCGUACUACAUGAUAACUCAAUCCCAUUGGGAGGAUGACAUCAUAUGGAAUGGAGAGGACGUGAAGGUCAAGGUCAUGCAGGGCUUGAGACAGCGAGCCGCACGAGCCGGCUGGAUUCCGACAUCGAACGCCAGGACGUACGAGCAGUUUAUUAGUCAAUAUGAGCCAAAUACGAAAAUAAACGCCGGAUAUAGCAUGUUUCCAGUUGAGAACGAGGAGCUAGCAAUGGAUAAAUUACCGGAACCAAGUAUACUUACAUUGGAUCCAGACGACGAGAAUUUAAUCUUGGACAUCCCUGACGAUUACGACGUCAAGCAGCUACACAAACAGCAGCAGCAACAUCAGCUGCAGCAACAGACCAAUCAGGAUGGAACCAAGAAAGAAAAGGAGAGCAAAAAAUCGAAGAUGCUGCUUGGAAAGGCUGGAAUCCUGAAAGACGAGGAAGAUAAUAAUAAUAAUAUGCAGGAAGAGCCGGACAUCAUUCAGAAACACCCCUUCAACCUAUCAAACGACGAGUACUAUAACCCCAAACUGACCACGGACAAUGCCCUGGGUCGAAACAUGGGCGGAUCUGUUAUACAACAUUCGACGCCAGCUAUAGAACUACGUCAGCCAUUCUUCCCGUGUCAUCUGAGCAUCCUGAAACUUCGGAACUUCCACAGGUCAUCCCUCAAGAAGUACAGUCACGGGGCUAUGACGUCACCUGGACCCCACCCCGUUCUGCCGCUUAUUAAGCAGAUUAGGAGGAAGGAAAAAUUGAGAGAGCAGGAGAGGCUGGCGAGUGGUGGGGGUGAGAUGUUUUUCAUGAGGACAGCGGACGAUCUGACGUCCAGGGACGGAGAAGUUGUACUUGCCGAGUAUUCAGAACAGUACCCACCGCUUGUCAAUCAAAUCGGAAUGGCUACCAAAAUCAAGAACUACUAUAAGAGGAGACCAGGCCAGGAAACGAGCCCACCAGAAUUUAAAUACGGCGAGCUGGCAUACGCCCACACCUCACCCUUCUUGGGGGCUCUACAGCCGGGCCAGUGCGUGACCGCCUUCGAGAAUAACAUGUUCAGAGCCCCCCUCUACGAACACAAGAUGAAUUGUACUGACUUUUUAAUUAUCAGGAACAGGAAUCACUACUACAUUAGAGAAGCGGAUGCCAUAUUCGUUGUGGGUCAGGAGUGUCCGCUAAUCGAAGUUCCUGGGCCUAAUUCUAAAAGGGCCAACAAUUUUUUAAGGGAUUUUUUGCAGUUAUUCAUUUACCGAUUGUUCUGGAUGAGUCGCGACAACCCGCGGCGAAUCAAAAUGGAGGACAUUCGCAAGGCCUUCCCAUCGCAUUCUGAGAGCUCCAUCCGGAAGCGACUAAAGCUGUGCGCAGAUUUCAAAAGAACUGGAAUCGAUUCAAACUGGUGGGUGUGGAAGCGAGACUGUCGUCUGCCAAGUGAGGAAGAGAUGCGGGAGAUGGUGUCGUGCGAGCAGUGCUGUGCUUACUACAGCAUGCUGGCAGCCGAACAGAGGCUUAAGGAUGCAGGCUACGGAGAGAAGUCGUUGUUUUCCAACGAGGAGGAAAAUGAAGAUGACGUGCAAGCCAAGAUGGAGGAUGAAGUGAAAGCGGCUCCGUGGAAUACGACCCACGCGUACAUCUCGGCCAUGAAGGGCAAGUGUUUGCUGGCUCUGAAUGGGGUGGCUGAUCCGACAGGGUGCGGUGAGGGGUUCUCCUACGUUAAGAUACCGAACAAGCCCCAAUUAGGAAAGGACGACCAAUCAAAUCAGUUGACCUUGAAGAGGUCAGUAACCGGAACGGACGCUGACCUGAGGAGGCUACCGUUGAAGGACGCGAAGAAUUUGCUACUCAGGAAGUUCGGGUUCGAUGAAGCUACCGUUAAAAAGUUGGGUAGAUGGGAAGUGAUCAACGUGGUUCGUACUCUGUCCACUGAACAAGCAAAGUCUUCCCAGGAUGGAUCGGCGGUGGACGUGAUGGCCACCUCCCCAAACAAUAACAAUAAUAAUAAUAAUUAUAGUAGUAAUAAUAAUAAUUAUAAUAGUAAUUAUAUUAAUUAUGAUAAUAAUAAUAGUAAUGGGGACCAACCUGCCAAGAGAAAAACGAAGACAGAGGAUAAGUUGAAUGUUAAAUCGCAGAAGGAAUGCCCGAUGUUUCUGAAAUCCGUGGCUCCCUCUGGGAUCGCCGGGAAUGUGGCCAUGUCGGAAGAGCAGCAGGAACAGCUGGAGAAGGAGGAUUUGGUAGAUGAUGAACUGGUGAAUAUUGAAGACACUCGAGUUAUUCUCUCGAAGAAUAUCGUUAAAAGAGCUGAAGAGAUAAAGAAGAAGUCGUUGAUGUUGAAGAUCCCGAAAAUGCUCAAAGAGGAGAAGAAGAAAAAGGUCAGUUCGGCUAAUCUGCAGGAAGAUUAUCUCAAGAAACCGAAGAAACUGCUGAACCGACGACGGGCUGACCCCGUGGUGACCUUGUCCACCAUCCUGGAAGUCAUCCUGAAUGAGAUGAGGGAACUUCCAAUAUCAACUCAGUUCCUAUUUCCGGUCAACGUUAAGAAGAAUAUUCGAAGUCGGAAGUAUCAAUCGCGCGAGGCAUUCCUAGCAGACGUCAAUCAAAUAGUGAGGAACUGUGAGAUCUACAAUGGCGCCAAACAUCCACUGACAGCUUCAGCACAGAAAAUGCUCGACUAUUGUUUGCAAAGAAUUAGUGAGAAAGAGGAUAAGCUGGCUAGACUGGAGAAGGCAAUCAAUCCAUUGUUGGAUGAUGACGACAUGGCGUCCUUAAGUUUCAUCAUCACGGGCAUCAUCGAAGAUCGAUUGAAAACUAUAGAAGGGUCCGUACAGUUCCACACACCGGUGAACAAGAAGCAGUACAAGGAUUACUAUGACGUCAUCAAGCAACCAAUCGAUCUUUCUACCAUGCAUAAAAAAGCAACCGACCACCAAUAUCGCAGCCACAAAGAGUUUCUGAGUGACGUCGAACUUCUAGUAAACAACUGCCUGAGAUAUAAUGGUCCAAUUAAUCCGCUGAGCAAAACUGCUGAUGUCAUAUUGCAAACAUGCAAAGCUGCACUCAUUGAGCAAGCUACAACGUUGGAAACCUUGGAAGCGAACAUCCAGGCCACACAAGAAGCCGCUCUUGACGCCGUUGAAAACGAGAGUGUUUCAACUAUUGGUGCUGCUACCUCUAAUCUUAUUGGGGGUGAACCAGCAAAACCAUCCAAGAGAGGAAGAAAGAAAUUGGUAAAAUUUUCAGUUGGCGAUGACGAUUCGAGGUCUAACAUGAACGCAUUGAGCGACGACAACAGCAACAGCAACGUCAUCAUCAACAACAACAACCGCAACAACAACAACAAUGAUAAUGACGACGACGACGACGAUGUAUACGAUGACGACGACGAUGAUGGUGGUGGUGGUACUAAAGCCAAGAGAAGGAAACUGGAUACAGGUGACGACGUGUUGGUAGAUGUUGAAGGCGAAGAAGAUGAUGACGACUAUGACGAUGAUAACAGUAGAGCUCCCAGUUAUGCCAAAGCUGAAAGCGCGCCAACGGACGGCGGUGAUGAUAACGAUACCGCGGCCGGCGACGGUGCUGAUAAUGAUUUCGACCCCCAGGAGUUUUUUAAUUCUUUGGUGGCCCAGGGCGA